AUAAAUGCCACGGGCGGCUGUAACGUUUGUUCCGUAGAAUUCCGUCUUUUCCUUUUGAUCUGUGUUACGUAGAUUUACACCCAGGCACAAUGGAAGUGAUUUCCACAAUUAAAAUGUGUCAGAGAUUAAACUCUAUACAGCUGUUAGGCAAAGAACUCUCGCCUAACACACGGUAAUCCGCACAGCUUAAACGAUUACCUUUUAAUUUGCCUUGUAAUUACUGAAUUUUGGAGACUGCCGCAAUAGCAAAGGACAAGAAGGGGCGGGGGACGCCGGAGCCAGAAAAUGUUUACUGGAACGCCCCCGUUAACAAGAUGAACAACCAUGCGCUGAUGCAUUCAAGUGCGCUCACAAUGGCUGCCCCCUCCUAUCUCUUUCUGUAACGAAAUGGAAGCAAACAUAGCUUAAAUUGUGAAGUGGAGACGCACAGACAGUCAAGAUGGAGAAGAAACAGAGCAAGCGAAAAAGUAUGCGCAGAGCAGUGGACAAGUUUAACGAAGAAAACGACCUGAACACCAUCAUCCAACACGAGGAGUUCAGCAAGAGGCGGAGCAGCAAGCAGAAGCGGAAACAGGAAAUCGACACGGACAGACAACUGGCGCUUUACCGUAGACUAUACGUCCCCACCCUCAUCUGCCUGCUGCUUGGCACCGUCUUUUCUUUCGGGGGUACCCUACGUGGACUCAGCGAGAAAACCUUCCUUUGGAGGUACCGGGAGAUUUUCUGCAUCAUUGGACCAAUAUUUCUGACCCUAGGGGUUGUAUUGCUAUUUGUGUCCAUCGCCUUGAUAACCCAUCGCAGAAAAGAAGUGGGGCGAUUUAUUGCUCUAAGGAAGUCGUUGAAAACUCUCUCUAGUCGCCGGAGUUCGUUUGUUUCCCUUCCGUCGUCAAUCGGCUCGUCCGACAAAAUGUGUCACUCUCUGGAGGACCUGGACACGAUGUUCGAUCAGUCCCUCACAUCUUUCCUCUCAGCAAACGCCAAUGCUACCGACCGGAAACUCUCCCUAAGUAACUCACAAGUGUCUUUUUCUGAAACAGUUCGUGUCCACAAAAUUCAAACUGACACUGAGAGAGUUGAAAAAGAAAAGGAAGAAGAAGAAUAUUUAUUGCCAGAAUAUCCCCGAUCCCUGGUUGACACAAGUUUGCCCUAUAAAUCAGAAAGUGUAUCUUAUCGUGUAUUGGAGGGCGUCCUUAGGGCACAGAAGUCUAUCAAAAAUGGCAAUAGAACGCUAGGGAAAUAUAAAGAUCAGCUUCAUGUAAAACCUACUGUUUUUUCCUCUCGGGAGUUUGUACUUCAGCUGAACCCUAGGCACCAAAGAAAAGUGUCGUCCAACUCAAAGGCAGCAGCACAGAGAGCGAUGAGCAAGUUACGAAUUUUAAGAGUUCUUCAAAGUGGAGGCGUGCAGACGACAGAAAUUCCUUCUGAAGAAAACCUUCCACUGGAAAGCAAACAUCUCUGUUCCUUGGAACAAAGUAAUGCUGCAGGAAGUGAGAUUCAAAACAACCCUUUAUCCAUGACAGAGCCACAGUUUCCUUGCAUUUAUACAGACAAUAAAAAUGUCCCGGAAGGGGAUAAUCACGUGACCAGCUCUCCAGUAUACUUCUCGUUACAACCUCCCUUACAGAAAAAGAACGACUCUGAUAGAUAUAAGGUCCACCAAUGUAAUGAAAUUCAAGUUAUAAUUCACCCUCCUGCCGACGACCAUACAGAUACAAAAACUGAAGAAACCGAGAAUGAAGUUGUUUGUUAACAUCCA